AUGGUUAGAUUUUGGCUUCAAUAUGAGCCAAUUUUAAGAAUGUCUGACGUUUAUGAGUUAGAGCAAAAAUAUCUUGUCAAUGGAUUAUAUAAGACGGCUGAUGAAUUACUUCAAAUUAAAAUGAAAAGUUAUGAAAAUUUAGAAGAGUCCGAAACGCAAUCAAAAAAACCACAAAUAUUUAUCGAUCAACUCUUUAAAAGAAGAAGUGAAUUUUCUUAUGAAGAAAUAAAGGACGAAUGCAUGACAGUGAUUGCAGCUGGCUUCGAUACAAUUGCUAUAACGAUGUCUUUUAUCGUUCUUAUUCUUGCAAUGCAUCAAGAUGUUCAAGAGAAAGCUUUUCAAGAGCUUCAACAUGUUUUCAAUUCGAAUGAUGAAGAUGUUGAUGAAGAGAAGAUUUCUCAAUUGACGUAUCUUGAUUUGGUUAUCAAAGAAACUAUGAGAUUCUGGCCAACUGCACCUUUUUUUGCAAGACUUGUAACUGAAGAUAUCGAAGUUGGCAAACUUUUUAAAUCAAAUGAAACUAAAAUUUUUGUCACCUUAGGCUCUCAUGUAGUCCCCGCAAAAUCCAUUAUUCUUGUUCCAGUGAAUAAAAUCCAUCGAAACAAAGAUUAUUGGGGUGAUGAUGCUGACGAAUUCAAACCCGAAAGAUUCAACUCAGAAUCAUUUAGGAAUGUACCGACGUAUGCUUACGUACCAUUUGCAAAAGGACCGAGAAAUUGCAUUGGUGGGAAUUAUGCAAUGAAAGCAAUGAAGAUUGCACUUUCAUACUUUUUACGAAACUACAAAGUCACGACUGAUCUGAAAGUGGAAGACAUCACCUUUGAAUUAGUUAUAACAGCAAGAAUAAUUCAAGGAUGUAAAGUUAAGAUCAUGAAGAGAGUUUCACCUUCACUGUGA